AUGGCCAAAGACGCAACCAUGCCCCAAUCACCAACCACGUCCGGUCCCAAAGCAAGCGACGGCACACCGCCUAACCCGCCCAACAAGCACGAUGCAUCCUACUGGCCGCAGAUCGGGACCAAAGACCAAAUCCCCAUCUGGCUACGCGACAACGACUUCAUAAUAUUCAACCAUCCCCUCCCAACAAACUCCUCCCGCCGCUCUCUCCGUCUCUGGCGCUGCCUGCACAUGGAGACCCUGAACAUCUGGACGCACGCACUGGGAAGCCUUUCUUUCCUAGCCGUCGGCAUCUUCUUCCUCUCCAACUACGCACACGCACCUGACAACUGCAACCUACAACCGCAACUCAGCACAAGCGACCUCUUCGCCUUCAGCACCUGCCUAACAGCAGCCACCAUCUGCUUCGGCCUCAGCGCCGCAUUCCACACCCCGCGCAGCCACUCCUACACCGUCCACCACUUCUGGGCAAGCUAG